UUUUAUCUUUGCACUCCUUCUUUUUCUAUCUUCGAUUCAAGCAUCCUACCUCUCUCACGACUGUCAAAAUGUCCCGCACUCCCCUUCGCCCCGGAGUUUACGCUCCCACUAUGACCUUCUUCAACCCAGACACCGAAGACCUCGAUGUUCCCACCAUCCGUCGUCACGCCGUUCGCCUCGCCAAGGCCGGUCUCGUUGGUCUCGUCUGCAUGGGCUCCAACGGUGAAGCCGUGCACUUGACCCUGGCCGAGAAGAAGACCGUCAUUAGCGAGACCCGCUCGGCCCUGGUCGAGGCUGGCUUCUCCAACGUCCCCGUUAUCGCGGGUGCCAGCGAGCAGAGCAUCCGGGGUACCAUUGCCCUGUGCAAGGAGUCCGCGGACGCUGGAGCCGAAUACGCCCUCAUUGUUCCCCCCAGCUACUACCGCUACGCCGUGGGCAAUGACCAGACCAUUUACGAAUACUUCACCGCCGUGGCCGACGAGUCGCCCAUCCCGCUCAUUCUCUACAACUACCCCGGUGCCGUGGCCGGUAUCGACAUGGACUCCGACCUGAUCAUCCGCAUCUCCCAGCACCCCAACAUCAUCGGCACCAAGUUCACUUGCGCCAAUACCGGCAAGCUUACCCGCGUCGCCUCGGCCCUGCACGCCAUCACCCCUCCCUCUCCCUUGAACCCGGCCGCCCGGAAGUUCCCCAACACCAAGACCGAAGCCAACCACCCCUACGUCGCCUUCGGCGGUAUCGCCGAUUUUGCGCUGCAGACCCUCGCCUCCGGUGGCUCUGCCAUCCUGGCCGGUGGGGCCAAUGUCAUCCCCAAGCUGUGCGUGCAGAUCUUCACCCUCUGGAGCGAGGGCCGCUUCACGGAAGCUAUCGAGGCACAGGCGCUCUUGAGCAAGGCCGACUGGGUGCUCACCAAGGCCGCUAUCCCCGGCACCAAGAGCGCGAUCCAGAGCUAUUACGGCUAUGGUGGCUUCCCCCGCAAGCCCUUGGCUCGUCUCGGUGAAGAGCAGGUCCAGGCUGUAGCAGAGGGCAUUAAGGAUGCGAUCGAGGUGGAAAAGACGCUGCCGGAUGUUGCCUAG